CCUGGCAGCCGUGGGCACAGCAUCCCUGGCUGGGGCGCAGGCAGCUCCCUCCUCUCCCCUCUGUCUGUCUCACUCUUUCUCUCUCCCUUUCUCUUUCGUUCUCUUUUCCCCAUUCCAUCCAUCCAUCCAUCCUCCUGCCUGCCUGCCUGCUAGACACCCCCAGGAGAGUCUGGGUCAUCCAGACUGAGACGCCCAAGCCGCCAACAUGGGGGUAAGUUGCGCAUUCCUCUCUUUUUGUGUCUCUCUCUCUGUGUAGCGAACAAUACCCCCUGAUCAGCACACCUUUGGGUUUCUGUGCAUCAUUGCACCUGUAUAUACCGAUGGGCAGCCUUGCUGUGCCCUUGUGUUGCGUACAUGCGCUUCUAAACACGCCUCCGUGCCCGCAUUGCAUGCACGCGUGUGGCCGCGUGCGCACGACGCUGUACAUCCGCAUCUCUCGCACGCACGCGCCAUCCCUGUAUCUGCCGCUGGCUUACCUCCCUCUCACCCACCUCCUGAUGACACAUACCUAGAAUCCUGCUCGCUUGCGCUUUACAUAUACAGCAGGGAAAUGUCUGUGCAAUCCGCGCAGAUGUGUCUAUGCGCACUCGUGUACGGUGCCCGUGUGACUCCUUAAUCCCGUGGAUCGCUGUGGAUCAUGAUUUUGUGCGGUGUGCCCUGGCAUGUAUUUGUAUGUGUCUGUGCAUGGGGGGGGGCGCAUGUGUCCCUCUGCAACGGAGGAGCUGGUACCCGUAUGAAGCACCCUCCGCCCCCACCCUGCCGGUCACCUUCUUUUCCCCUCUGCCGGCUCCAUGCUCACACGCAGCACAUCUCUGUCCUUGUCCUUGGAGAGCGCGAGGACUGCGAGACCAUUUUCCCCCUGUGUCCCUCCCUCUUCUCUUCACCGCAUCCGCUAGGAUGUGUGGACCUCAUCCUGACAGUUCAGGACGUAUUUUUAGCUGUGCUGUGAUAAACAAAAAGCUUAUCAUCCCUUGGAAAGUGGUGUCCGCGCAGCGAGAUUCAUGAUUUGGUGAUGAUGAUGUGAGAUUCAAGCCUUAGAAACCGAGACUCUCCUUCCUGGGUGUAUGUUUUUGGAGAGGGGUGUCUGGAAUUUGGGGCGCUUUUUUUGACUUGGAUUUCUUGGUGGGGGGCGGCGGAAGGGGAUGAUAAAACCUUGCAGAGGGAGGGAAAGGGGCUGGCAGGGAAAUGGCAGGCAGAUCUCUCCCUCCCCAUGGGUGACAAGAUGUCAGCGCCGGAUGGAGAGAUGAAGGAGAAAGGAUGAGUCAUUGGGCUGGAGGUGGGGGGAGAAAGAGAGAGAGAGAGAGAGAGAGAGAGAGAGAGAGAGAGAGGAAUGGAGGAUGAGAGAUGAUGAGCAAAGGAGAGGAAGAGGGGAAAAGGAGAGGCAGCUUUAGAGGAAUGGAAAAAGAUGGAGCGAAGAAAGGGAAAGCACAGGAAAUGAUCGCCAGGCACCCAAAGGCGGUGCUCGGGAGAGGAGGGCGCUGUUAUCCCCCCUCAUUGAUAUUCAGGAGCUGUUCUCUCCUCUGGACGGGGGGGGCAGGUGCUAGUGGGGGCUGCGGCAUCAGAAGGCAGCAGCAGCAGCCCCCCUCGUUUUGUGUAGGUGGCGCCAGAGGGGGGGCCCAAACAAGAAACUCACCCCCACCCGUCCCCCUAUUUCUGAACUUCUAUCAUCAACAUAUGCUGUUAUUAUUAUUAUUAUUAUUGUUGUUUAAAUUUCUCACCCACCUAGAAAUAUACUUUGCCCAUUUGGUGUCCUUUAGCAAUACAGUCCUAGGAGCGUCCAGUGACAGAGAAAUUCAUUUAGGAAGGUCACCUUUCCUGUUCAUAUUCGCCGCCCCCCGCAACGCCACCUUUCCUAGCCUUUGCAACAUCCAGCAAAGGGAUGUUGUUUGGGAACGGAGGAGGCCGGAGGAACGGAGCUGGGGUGCUUUCUAGAUCCCUUGCGCCUCGAUCAUCACCAGGAAUGGGAGACAUAAACGGGAUAGGAUUCCCUCUCUACGCGCAAAUAAAUUCCUGAUGGUUCCCAGCGGGAGGAGAGUGGGGAAUCUAGUAUUAAAAGCCCCUAUCUUUGGCUGGGGUGGGGGCUGGGGAGAGAAUGCAAGAGGAGAAAGAAACAGACGGGGGUCAGAGGAAUGAUGGCGCGGAUUUCCAAAAGACAAGCACUCUUGUCUGUAUGUGUGUGUGGCUGCGGGGAGCGGGGGGGGGGAGGGGGGAGGGAAAGCAUAUGGGCAGAGAGCAGCUAAUCCGCCUUCCUUUCUGGCAAGAGGGAGGGGGCACAUCAAAGAGACGGGGAGAGAGAGGGCACCAUUGCAGCAGCUGUAACCUUGCAAAGAGCAGGAAGGGGAGAGGUAGAACGGGGGGGGGGGGGAGAGAGAGAGACAGGAUGGGGAGGGGGAAAAGCAUAGGACCAUCGAGUGGGAACGGGGUUCUUUAGCUGGGGACGCACCAUUAUUUAGCUUUCUUUUCCCCCUGAAGAGAAAGCGAGGGGGAGGGAUUGAUGGCUGCUCAGCCUCCCCUUCUGCUUCCAUUGCUUCCCCCUCCCACAUGAGGUUUCCCCCCCGCCCUCGCUCCCUCCAGUCCCCUUUACAGGCUCCUAUAUUUGGUGUCUGCGGAUAAGGAGAGGCAAGCUCUCGUUGGCAGCGUCUCUCUGCAGCAAAGAGAGGAAGGGUGGGUUUUUUUGUGGGGGUGGGUAGGAAAUACUGGGAGAAAGAGAAGCUAGACAGAGAUAGAGGGGGGUUAUUCUAGGCCUUGUUUAAUAUAUUAUGGGCCUUGGAAAAGGAAAAGGAAAAGGCAGCUGGCUCCCUAGAUCUGCUUCCUCACCCCUCAUUUCUUGGCUGUGGGAGUUUCAGGGCCUAGGGAGAAAGGGAUUCCCAAGCCAGAACAGUGUAUUUCCUCUGGUUUUUAUAGGGGAAAGGCAUCCUCUUUCUCCCCCCUUCCUCCCCAGGCCAGCCUCUCCCCCCUCUGCCUCCUCUUGCCUGGGUCACCCUGACCCAGUCGCUCCCUCCCCAGGAAUUCAUUCCGGAGCCCUGCAAAGGCAGCCAGAGGGUGCGGAAGGUGUCUUGUCCCUUUGGCCGGGGAUUUGCAUUUGCUACCCUUCUUCAUCUGCCUCUUCCUCCUCCUCCUCCUCCUCCUCCUCAUUUGGCACAGGGCUCUGCGGCUGGUGAGCCUUGCUGCAGCGCUGGCACCACGCCAGGGAUUUCUCCCUUCCUUCCGUCGCAGCGCCGCAGAAAAUGGGGGUGGCGGUCAGGCCUGAUGGAGCUGGGGAGGCCGGCGGGCACCUUGCCAGGUGCCGGGUGCCCAGAGACCCUCCCCCCAAGCUAGGCACGCCCCUCCACAAAAGCCCCCUAUCUCCAGCUCAGAGUAACCAAUUGCCUUUAGUCAUCUCUCAGAAAUACAUCAGCAGGUUUGGUCCACAGGGACAUCCUCUUUUUAUAACUAGUGUUAUAGGAGGAAGGAUGGGUUCCUCUUCUCUGUACUGCAGUAUGCCACAUCCCCCCCCAAAAAAAAAACCCCCAAGGAGCAACUGUGGGAGCUUAUAAACUCUCCUUUCUCAACCAUUGAGCUUAUCAAAGAGUUGGGACAUUUUGCUUGGGGAAUACAGUAUUGCAUUCUAACCACAUGCCCCACCAACUGCUUUCCAGGUCUCUUAGAGGGGGGAAAAACACCUUGUGUGAGACUGCAGUAUUCUCCACUGUAGGAAAUCUGGUAGACAUCAGUGUGUGCCACUCUCAUGCACACAACUAGUCCGGAAAUGGACAUAUAUAUGCAACAGCAUAUAUCUGCAUACUGGGAAGGAAAGCACAUUGGAAAAGCAUUGGGGUGUUGGUGGUUCGGAUAGCAUGCAGAGUGCAUUCUUUUUCUUUCCAUGUGAUUCUGUGCAUAUUUUGUUCAUGGUUGCACAUGCAAGAGAGAGACUUGUCAGGGCUUCUAAGUGUAUCGCAUGCCUGCCUCGGCCCUUGGUGGCUUGGGGCCUCAGUACAUGUGAAUAUCUGUAAAUGUCAGCCUCGCCAUUUUGUGUGUGUGUGUGGGGGAUUCUACAUGUGCAUGUAUACUGAUUAGCAUGUCUAAAGGUGUGCAUGCUUCGUAUACUCUGCUCUCAGGUUGUAUAUCGCUCUUUCCAAACAUCUCAGCUUUCUGCCAACGCUUUGAAUUGCAAUGGGUGUUCUGAUAGGGACAUGGGUGAAUGAGGACGUCUGUUGAGGUUCCCUCACCCUGAACGGUCAUCUGAUGACCGGCAGGAGGACAAUCCCACUCUCAGUCACAAAUCAAGGCCCAAGCUUUUUGCUCAUCAGCACUUCUGGCAAAGGGCAUCUCAAAGUCAGUCAAGGUCAUGGAAUAUCCUCCUUGGGCCUUAGGAGCACAUUUAUUCCCCCCCUCCUCCUCUUAUGUGGAUAAUGGCCUGGCCAGAUUUUAGAGAUGAAACUGCAUCACAAGCCUAUAGAUUCCCCUCCCUUUUUCAGAAAGCACGCACCUUUUCUCUCACCCUGUUCAGUUCUUAGUUAAUCUUCUUCUAGGAUUGGGCCUGGAGAAGGAAGACAGUGUGGAGAUGUGUUCGGAUAGUAGUUUUGAGAGACGUGUAAGGUGGAAUGAUGGGACCACCACUGUUGCUUGUGGUGGGCAGAUUCCAUCACCACCCUGUCCUGCCAUGGCACAGAGUCAAACAGGUUCUGCAGGUUUUUUGAAAUGGAGAAUACUACAAAACCUGCUUCUCUGAAGAAUGCAGCUGGGCAGAAGAACUAUGUUCAAAAGAGCGUCUGGGGGAGGAGUGCAGUCUGCACGCAACUGCAGGUCACUUUCCUUCCUUUGGCCAGAUGAAGUUCUACCUUGGAUGGGUCAAGGGCAUAGACAAGAAGCAAAGGGUGGAAUGGGAGAUCUCGCAAAUCUCAACCUGCUAGUAAUGCCCUCGUGUGGGGAACUCCCUGGCAACCACCAAUUCUGUUUGCUGAAGAUAUUGGAAGGAUAGGAUAUUUCUGUAGGAAGAGACCUUAGGCCUCAAGCUCUUCUUGUUGCUCCAAAAAUCCAUGUGCAUUAGCUUCUAUUCCCCAGUGAAGAAGGAAAGGUGCUCUGUGCAUGCUCAGAAGCAUCCAGUACUGCACCUGUUCCAGAGGUGCGCCAGGGCUUUUAUUAAGCCAGAACUCACCGGAAUGGAGUUCUGCCACCUCUUUGUAGCGUACCAGAAGCUGUAUAUCGGCACAGCGGCCAGAGCUGUGUGACAGAGGUGAUGUUGUAAUGUGGCUGCAGCGAUGCCAGUGGUGGGGUGAUCAGGUGGAGCUCCCCCCUAAAAAACUUGGCAUCUGGGUUGUCCAUCAAAAAAAUAGUGGGAGUUCCUGCACCUCUUUUUCUACAUAAAAAAAGGACUGUGGUGCAUGUAUGACAGGAUGCACAGGUUCUGCGGUUAAGGCUUACCAUGAAUUAAACCUUUGAAAAAGUGCAUUUUUCUCAAGCGUUCAAAGCACUCUGCAUAUAAUAUUUCAGUUAUGCUCCUCCGUACCCUGUAAGGCAGGCUAGUCGAAGAUCUGAGAGGCUGAGAGCACGUGUCUUGCCCAAGACUACCCAGUGAGUUCAGGAGCUAAGAUCUUUCCAUCUCACAGCUCAUUGCCAUAGUCCUUGCAUGACAGCAGCAUCAGACAAGCACGUGAUUAUCUGAUCAUGUGCACCCCCAGAAAUGCAUGCAUGGAAACAGGCUCCUCUGACACACUGGGUUCGAAACCUGGCAUGCAGCAGGUUACAUUGUGUGCAGUUACCAAGGCACCUAACACGGGUGCGAAUUCUGACGCCGUCUUUGAGACCAUGUGUGCAGGGCUCAACGGUUUGCCCUCAGAAAGCACAGACUAACCCCUGAGCAGGAACGCAUGCGCAGCUCUGAUUGCGCAGAUCGGGGUGAUGCAAAGCAGUGCGUAUGUGGAUCCUGGAGGGCCAAAGGGCUCAAUGCUCAUCAAAUGCAGUUGUAGAUGCAGUUGCAGUUUAUCAGCCGGCAAAGCAGCAUAAUUCUGGGUCAGUUCAUCCAGCCUAGUAUUGUCUCAAGCAGAGGGCUUCCCCAGCUCUUUGUCCUGAGAUGACCUUUAACUGGAGGUGCCAAGAACUAACCAGGGGACCUUAUGCAAGCCAAGCACAUGCUCUGCCACUGCGUUUUGCCUUAGCCAGCUCCUUAGCAAGAUGCCACCUCUUCCGGGUCUCCUACUUCCCUUACAGGAGCCCUGCAGGGCUUCUUCCAUCUUCUCCUGGUGGCAGAACUAUGGCAGUCAAAAUGUCUCGUCAUUUCCCAGUUGGGGGCGGGGGGCGGGGAGAGAAAGCCACAAAUUAAAUGAGGAAGAAGGAAUGGCUUCAUUUAGUUAGUUGAAUUUCUAGAGAGACAACAACACUAAAACCACAACCCAAUAAAAACCAGUAAGUGGAUUAAACAAAGGACAAAGAUAAAAAUAUAGUAUUAAUUGUUUUAGGCCAAUGUCUGCUUAAGCCCGUGAAGAAUUGCAUUGCUGGAGCAGACCGUGGGAGCCGGCUAAUCCAGCAUUUUGAUCCAACAAAUGUUCCUUAAAGCUCACAAGCAAAGCAUGAAGGUGAUAGCUUAUUGUUUAGCUCUGGUAUUUGAGAAUUGGAGAUAUACUGUUCCUGAACACCGAAGUUCCAUUUAUCUGCCAGUGCUAAUAGGCUCCGAUAGUUCUCUGUGAAUUUCUCUAAUCCUUCUGUUCAAGCUAGUGGAGAUUACUGUGUUCCAUAAACCAAUUAUGCUCUGUGUGAAUUAGGUCUUGCGGAAUACCUUGUUGUUCUAUGGACUCUUCAUAUAUAGCAGGGAGCCUAUGGCAUGGUCAGUGGUCAGGGAAGAUGGGAAUUGUAGCCAAACCAACAACUGGAAAGUCACAGGUCCCCCAUCCUGACAUAUAGCCAGGAGAGAUGUAUUGGCUGGUCUGAGUGGUUGUGAUGGAGCACAGGAGAAGUUUCUUUUGAUGAUAAGGACUCUUGAACCUUUGGGUGCUAAUGGGAGCUGCUUCCAUACACAGAUAGCUGGGGGUGGGAUGCUUCUGGACUGCAGUCUACGUGAAACGAUUGCACCGAUAAUGGUGUUGGUUUAGGGGCUGACAUUCUAGCGUGUGGCAUUUCACCCCCUCGUCUCUGUUUCCUCUCUUCCCUCAAAUAGUACGGCCGCUCAGAUAGCUACCGCGUGGCAACCACGCAAGACAAGCACGAUGAGAACUCUUCCCCGAAGAAGAGCAAAGCGCAGCAGAAGGUCCGAGAUCUGGAUGAUCUUAAGAAGGAGGUGGCGAUGGUAAGACGAUGGCCUGGCACAGCGUGGGGAGGCUGGGGAGGCAGCGCAGAUGUAGGAACGUGUGUGGCCUGCUCUUGACCAGUAGAUGGUGCUGCAGUGGAGACUGGGGCAUCUAACAUCACAGCAGUAGGGAGGACAUUUGUGGGGCAGGAGAUCUGGGACAGUCAGUGGAGACACCACCUAAUUCCCUCUCUCUCUCUCUCUCUUUCUCCAUCUGGCAUUUUCCAGACCGAGCAUAAAAUGUCCAUUGAAGAAGUGUGCCGGAAAUACAACACAGACUGUGUGCAGGUGAAGGAAGCCAUUGAUUUCAUCCAAGGCGUGAUGCUCAACUUUGCUUCCUUAAGGGUUGGGUUGGCAAGUGCGGCCUGGCCCUCCUGGCUAGUGGGGUAUUGAUGUGGGGGAAACAGCUGGCUGGCCAAGGUGGCCAGCAAGGGAGCUGGGCAGUAGCUAGCUAUGUGGAACAGAACGACCCUGCAGGAUUGUGGGAGCUGAUCUUUAUUUUCUAGAUAGAAUUGAGGGGGCAGGAUGAACAAAGCAGUAUUAGGUGCUUUAUCAAUCAUCCAGUCAGUCAAUCAAUCACUCAAUCAAUCAAUCAAUCAAUCAAUCGCCAGCCGACAAUAGCCAAUCAACAGCCAAUAACAAUAGUCAAUUAUUCAAUAGCUAAUAAUUUCAGAGGUGCUGCAGCAUCUAAAACAGAACCUGACACAAAAGUAUGGGAAGCCCUAUGCCAGGUAUAGGCAAACUCAGCCCUCCAGAUGUUUUGAGACUACAGUUCCCAUCAUCCCUGACCACUGGUCCUGUUAGCUAGGGAUGAUGGGAGUUGUAGUUCCAAAACAUCUGGAAUGCCUGCCUUAUGCAGAAUGAAGACAAGAAAAAGGAUGCCUUUAGGCACAUGGCUUCUCCCAAAGAAUCCUGGGAACUGUAGCUUACACCCCACAGAGCUAUAAUUCCCAGUACCCUUAACAAACUACAGUUACCAGGAUUCUCUGGAGGGAAGUCGUGUGCUUUAAAUUGAUGGUGGGUGUGCAGCAGGUGGCAGAUCAGAGACACCUGACCCAGCAGCACUUUUGUGGGGAUGGCUCAGUAGGGCAUGGGUGUCUUUAUUUUGCCUGUCUCCCCCUCUCAGGGUCUGACCCACAGCAAAGCCCAAGAGAUCUUGGCCCGAGAUGGCCCCAAUGCACUCACCCCGCCCCCUACCACUCCCGAAUGGGUGAAGUUUUGCCGCCAGCUCUUUGGGGGUUUCUCCAUCCUCUUGUGGAUCGGUGCCAUCCUCUGCUUCUUGGCCUACGGCAUCCAGGCAGGAACUGAGGACGACCCAGCGGGAGACAAUGUAAGUUCUGGGGGAAUGGCAUCUGGGGUGGGGGCAUGGAGGACAGAGCAGGGAGGCAAGGCGGAGGGGACGGGACCCCAUGCAGCUUCUGACAUGCCAACAUCCUGCUUCUGCCCAUUGUACAGCUGUACCUGGGUAUCGUCUUGGCUGCUGUCGUCAUCAUCACCGGCUGCUUCUCCUACUACCAAGAAGCCAAAAGUUCUAAGAUCAUGGAGUCGUUCAAGAACAUGGUGCCCCAGGUAUGAGAGGAGGAACAAAGAGUUGAGUGAAUUGCAUGGGCCCAUCCUAUGAGUCCUACCAGCAAGUAACCAAUAGCAGGGUGUGAAACCCUCUCUCCAACUGAACUCCACACUUUGCCCAUGGCCCAUGAGAUUUUGCCAGGAUUGAUGCAUGAACUUCCAGCUGCAAUGAUGGCUCCAGCCUUUACACUCUAGGGUUCCAUCCUGGCUCCACCACCCCUGUCCCAUCAGGCUUAGCCAUGGCCCCCCCAGAUUCCACUUUGUCUAUGUCAAGUAGUGAUAGCAAUAUCUCACAAUGAACUACAAGAUAACACCUGCAUUUUGGACAUCGGGUCUCCCACCUGUGAAAUGGGAAGAGAAGUACAAAAACAACCCUGCCCCAGUGUGAAUAAAACGACACAUUAAUGAUCCACUGCUGACUGGUACUGUUGGUAUAGGCGGGAUCCUUCACAGGUUGGAAGUGCUGCUACGUGUGUGAUGAGUCUUAACAACAUGAGUGAUAACCCGAUUACUUCCAUCUCUCUUGGAGACGAUGCUCUAAGGUGAUGUGUUUUAGGGGAUCUGUGUGCCAGUAGCCGAGAACCCAGAAUGUCUGCCUACCUACCUGAGCCUGCCUCUCUCACCCUGCAGCAAGCCCUGGUCAUCCGGGAAGGCGAGAAGAUGCAGCUGAAUGCCGAAGACGUGGUGGUUGGCGAUCUGGUAGAGGUGAAAGGGGGAGACAGGGUCCCGGCGGAUCUCAGGAUCAUCUCGGCUCAUGGCUGUAAGGUGAGAUCUGCCCCCCUCCCCAUACCGUCCACACCAGUGUCUCCAGCCCUCUGCUUCUCAACAGGCAUCCGGGACCAUCAUCACGGUGUCUUUUGCCAUUGGUUUUCUCCCAUUCUGAACCAAACGUUGCCCUGUUCUUGCACUUCCAGUGAGAGCUGUGCUGGUCCAUUUAACAGCCUAGUCAAUGAAUUAAUUCAAUGAGCCUAGAUACACAUGAAGAGAAAGAAAAAGAAAACCCAAAUGGUUCUGAAGAAAAUUGCUUUAUUUUAGAUAAUGCAUGAGGCAUCCUCUUAAAAAAGCAUCCCCUUUUCUCCCUCUGUCUCUCUCCCUAAGGGGAAUAUCUGAAGCAGGCAUCCCCAAACUCGGCCCACCAGAUGUUUUGGGACUACGACUCCCAUCAUCCGUAGCUAACAGGACCAGUGGUCAGGGAUGAUGGGAACUGUAGUCCCAAAACAACUGGAGGCCUGAGUUUGGGGGUGCCUGAUCUAAAACAACUGUGGCUCAUCUUAGUUUGCAUAUGUAUUUGCUGUAAAAAUUAUUUAUUUAUAAAAAAUCUGCAACCUGCUUUAGUCAGUGGCACAUACUUUGAGCCAAUAUUUUUAAAUUGCUUAAUCCACAUUGCUACUCUAAAACCAUGAAGGGAAGGUUUUUGGUUUGUUUGGGGGUUGUUUUUUUUUAACAUGAGAACUUCACAAUGCAUUGGGCUUUACCUUUGCCGGAAUUUCAUAAUAUAUGAAGCAGCUGUGCUUCAGAGCCAAAACUUAAACUUAAUCUUGAAAGUCAGACUUUGAGAGCCUUGAAUUUAUUACAUACCACCUUUGAGAAUUUGGAAAUCUAACAUGUGAAUUUCCACAUCGAAGUUAGAACUGAAUUUUUAGAACUUCCUUAGGGGGAAAAAGAACUAAAUGUGCAGUGUUUUCUCUCCAGGUGGACAACUCCUCAUUGACUGGUGAAUCAGAGCCACAGACGCGAUCUCCUGAUUGCACCCAUGACAACCCUCUGGAGACAAGGAACAUCACUUUCUUCUCUACCAAUUGUGUAGAAGGUACAGCCAGAGUUUUAUCUGCAGAUGUGAGUGUGGAUAGGAAGCAGUUGGAGAAGAGCCUGGGAGAAACCCUCACAAGGUUGCAUUGCUAUGAUGGAGGGCCUGUUCACAUCGAUAGCCCUCAGUUAGCUUAAUGCCCCUUCCUUUUCUCCAAGGAACCUUGGGAAAUGUAGUUCUGCAAGGGGAAAUAGGGAUUUUUAACAGUACGGAUGCUGGCGGGAAUUAGACCUUAACUGGUUGCCCAUCUGCUACUGGGCCAAGUUCAAGGUGUUAGUAUAUGGAGCCCUUAACAACUUGGGACCAGUUUACCCACGAGAUCGCCUUGCGCUGCAUGAACCCAAAUCAGCUGCUUCGAUUGGCAAAAUGGGCACUACGACAGUUGACCCCUUCCUCAUUUGAUCGCUAAGUGUGGCUGCACCUAACCUUGGGAACUCCAUGCCCAUUGAGUUCAAGCAGGGGUCUUCACAGAACUCUUUUGGGCGCCUGCUAAAAGCGGUCUUGUUUAGACAAGCUUACCCAGAUGCUUAGUAGGUAGAGGUAAUUUUAAUUUGUUUUAGAAUUUUAACUUUGGUACAGUUUAAAGUAGAGCUGCAAUUUUUUCUUGUUUCAACUUUCUGGGAACUGCUUUGAGGUAGGGCUGUUUGCUUUUUUAACAAUCAAGCAGGGUGUAAAUUUUUUGUUCUAACCAAUUAACUCUCUCUCUCUCUCUUCUGCCUAACGACAGUUCUCAAGAUUCUUUUUUUGGGUAGUGGUGGUGGUAGCAACCAUUAAACUGGCAGAAACCUGGUAGGAAUCCAUUGUGCCCAUCGAGUUGUCUCUCAUCUCCCCAGGCACGGCACGCGGGGUCGUCAUCGCCACAGGGGACCGCACCGUGAUGGGCCGAAUUGCCACACUCGCCUCGGGCUUGGAAGUUGGCAAGACCCCCAUUGCAAGGGAGAUCGAGCACUUCAUCCAGCUGAUCACCGGCGUGGCUGUCUUUUUGGGGGUUUCCUUCUUCGUCCUCUCUCUGAUUCUGGGCUACACCUGGCUGGAAGCUGUCAUCUUCCUCAUUGGCAUCAUUGUGGCCAACGUCCCCGAGGGGCUCCUGGCUACAGUCACCGUAAGUAACUCGGGGCUGUAAAUGUUCUUGAGGAAGCAGUACGGAGAAGGCAAUCUAGGCCUGCAGCUGGAGAUCUUGUGGGAGGAGAGAUCUGGCAAAGGGUGGCAUUUUAAGUCCACGCAAAAUGGCAAAAUGGCAAAUCCCUACCUCCAGCUUGCCCUAGUAUGUUUAAAUCAAAGUGGUUUAACCACCUCUGACUCGUGUUUCUCCCCUCAAGGUAUGUCUGACCUUGACAGCCAAACGCAUGGCCCGCAAGAAUUGUUUGGUGAAGAACUUGGAGGCCGUCGAGACCCUGGGCUCCACCUCCACCAUCUGCUCAGACAAAACAGGGACCCUGACUCAGAACCGUAUGACCGUUGCCCACAUGUGGUUCGACAACCAGAUCCACGAGGCUGAUACUACUGAGGACCAGUCUGGUGAGGGCAAGAAGGGUACCCCUUGUUGGUUUUGGGGUGGGAAGUGCGAUGAGCUGUUGGCGUGAUGCAUCUUCUUGUGUGAGGCAUUGUGAAAUGGGGCAGCUCCUGUCUCUCUAGAUUUUUCUCCUCACCCCAUUCUCCAUUUCCUCUCAGGCCACAUCCGCACCAUAAAUUUAAAGCGCGAUGAAUGCUGCGUUCACAGUCAGUUCCCCAAAGAAUUAUGGGAACUGUGUUUUGUUGUGGGUGCUAAGAGUUGUUAGGAGAGCCUCACAGAGCUACAAUUCCCAGAGUUUCCUGUGAAGAGGGAUUGACUGUUAAUUCUGUAGCUCCAUGAGGGGAAUAUGGAGUCUCCUAACAACUCUCAGCACCCUUAGCAAACCGCACUUCCCAGAAUUCUUUGGGGUAAAUCAUGACAGUUGAAGUAGCAUCGUAGUAUUUUAAUGGAGUGGAUGCGGCCUUGGUUCUACAGCCCAGAUCCAUUUCCUCCCUCAGCUUAGAACGUCGCUGUUCAGUCCUUUCAUCUGACUUUCCCUUCUUUGUAGGCACGGCCUUCGACAAGAGUUCUGCUACCUGGGUGGCUUUGUCCCACAUUGCAGGGCUUUGCAACCGAGCUGUCUUCAAGGGAGGUCAGGAAAAUGUGCCCAUCCUCAAGGUGAGAGCAAGACACCGUGAGAGAAUGUGAAGGACACCAUAGUUGAGUCUAAGCCGGGAGGUGAAAAGUCAGGUAUUGGGGUGGCACUGGGACCUAUGCUGAAUAUCAUUUCAAACCAAGAUGCCCUUUGCGUAGUUAGGUUUAAAGGUGGGUGUCCUCAUUUCUCUCAUCUCCUUUCUGAGUGAUGAUAAUAAUAAUAAUAAUAAUAAUAAUAAUAAUAAUAAUAAUAAUUCUACUAUUAUGUAUCAGCUUCCACACACAUCUUAAGGUGAUGUUCGAGAUUCGAUAACAACACAGAAAAUAACAUCAGAUAGAUAAAUUUAAAAACAAUACAAAGCAGACACCCAUGACAGAGAUCAUUCAAUUAGGAAAGCUUUUCAGAACAGAAAUCUAUUUGUUUGUUCUGGAAAAUAGUAUCGUUCGUGGUUGACAGUCUGAAGUGUGUGAGAUAUGGAGGGUGGCCGUGAGGGAAAGAGGUUACAAAAGAUUGCUGUGACUUCUGCCAAGCAAAGGAAUGUGGUAGAUGAGGGGGGCACUGUGAGAGAUGGAAAUGGCCGCUUCCCUGGUUUAAAAGAGCCUCCAUUUCUUCACAGCGUGACGUGGCAGGAGAUGCUUCUGAGUCCGCCCUGCUAAAGUGUAUUGAGCUCUCGUCUGGAUCCGUCAAACUGAUGAGGGAGAAAAACAAAAAAGUGGCUGAGAUCCCGUUCAACUCCACCAACAAAUACCAGGUAUAGAUGUCUCAAGGUGGCCCUGUCAACCCUCAAAAUGGUGUUAGCUGUGCUAAGAGGUCCAGGGCAAGGUGACAUUCCACAUUAACAGAAUAUCUCCCUGUACUAGGGCGCUUGAAAAAGCCGAUGGUAUUCCUUCAGUGGGGAGCUGCAACAUCAAUAAAACUCCACAGCUCCUCUUCAAGAUUUGAUGGCAUUUGCUAGAACCUUCUCCCCAAUACUCUCUUCCUAUUCAUCUAUAAAUGCAAGUCAUCCACACCCUAGAGCAGGCAUAGGCAAACUCGGCCCUCCAGAUGUUUUGGGACUACAACUCCCAUCAUCCCUAGCUAACAGGACCAGUGGUCAGGGAUGAUGGGAAUUGUAAUCUCAAAACAUUUGGAGGGCUGAGUUUGCCUAUGCCUGCCAUAGAGCUUCAUCUUCCCACGGUCCUGUCUUCUAGAAUUUUCCUUCGUAGCUUUUCACCUCACUCCAGGCUCAUUUCCUUUUGUCUUUGCUCAUGUUCAAAAUGAUCUCGCGACAUUGCAAAACAGACCUUCACUUUUCAUAACAAUCCAAAAACUACGAAGUCAAAUACAAUAACGUUCUGUAACAUUCUUGUUUGUGGCAAGGCCGUGGCCAUGUGACAUUGAAGCCGGCGAACACAGGAUCUAUCAGUGAGAACGACGAUCAGAUCUUGGCUUGUGAAAAGGGGACUGCGUAAACGCACGGGACUUUGCCAGAGAUUAUAACUCUGGCUCCUCCUCAGCCGAAGGGAGGAAGUCUCUUCUUCUGCCCCCCCAGGAGUGAUCAGAUAGCUGUGGUUGACAUAUGUAUCUUCCAGCUCAGCAGAACUGCCCCACCCGACCUCACCCCUCCAAGAUCUUAAAAAGCUGUGGUGACUCUCCGAGAAACCUGACACUCCUCUGCAACGGGGAGUGAGGAUCCCAUCCUGGGUCUGGUUCUAGCCACUAAAUUGUGUUCCACAGUUCCCAUGGAGAGGACUGAGUCAGUGAUCCCAAUACAGUUCCCCAUUCCAGGAUUCUCAGGCCCAUCAGCCUUAAUCCUGCCUCUUUAAACGACAGCUGGAGAGGAUUAGUCAGGAUUCCCUGUGGCCAGCAGUCCGGAAUGAUUGGCCUCAGUGAACAAGUCCCUCUGGAGCCAGGAAGGUAAAUUGAGGCCUGCCUCUGCCCAAGCCAAAAGUGGAACCAGCUACGCCCUGUGAUGCAUCUUACAGCCCAUCACCAUAAUCUGAUGCCCUACGUCAUGUCGGCUGCCAUGCCAGCAGGGCUUCAUGUAAGCCUCGCUUACCCAGAUCAGUUGAGUUUGGCCAUUGACCGUCAUGGUAUCCAAAUAUAAAUGAAUGGGGGAAAUCAAAGCACUUUCAUCACCAAGUGCCUCGGGGCCCAAAGAGCAGGGAAAAACACGGACAGUUUUUAUUAUUAUUACUUUUUUAUUGAUUUUCAAAAACAAAACAAAAUUAAAUAAAACUUAAACUUUAAUAUUCAACCUUUUUUAUCUUCUUAUUUACCCUGCGCAAUUUCGCGCCCGAACUUCCCUCCUUCCCUGCUUCGGUUUUCCCAAUUUACAUCCAUUCCUGCAGAUUCUUAAUUACAUUCUAUAUACAUCACAAGAUUUAUAUUAGCCCUGCUACAGUUUUUAAACUUCUACAGUUAUUUCGUAUAUACACAACAAAUUUACUCCACUCCUCCUCAAACUUUGUCACUUUUUGGUCUCAAAUUUUAUAACUCAUUUUUGCCAAUUCAGUAUACUCAAAUAAUUUCGUCUGCCACUCCAUUAGGGUUGGUAACUCUUGGGAUUUCCACUUUUGGGCCACAAUAAUCCUUGUGGCAGUCGUGGCAUACAAAAAUAAUUUGCAGUCUUCUUUUCUCACUUCAUCUCCUAUUAUCCCUAAUAAAAAAGCCUCUGGUUUCUUUGGGAAUGUAUAUUUGAAAAUUUGAAAAACACGGACAGUUGAAUGUUUGUCCCCCAAAAUUUACAUCAUGGAAUCACAGAACUGUAGAGUCGGAAGGGACCCCAAGGGUCAUCUAGCCCAACCUCUGGCGAUGCAGGAAUCUUUUGCCCAAUGUGGGGCUCGAACCCACAACCAGCACUACCAGCAGAGCUAUCCCAAGGAUAAUCAAAUAAGGAAGCUGUCUUGCUUCACACCGACCUAGUUCUCCUGCAGAAAUUCAUAAUGGAUUCUAGCUGCACAGACAGGGUAAAAAAACCCAGCCACCGGUUGAUGUACUGUUAUACAGCUAGCAUAUUCUGAAAUAAGAAAGGUUAGCUGGAGGCAUGUGGGCAACACUGGGCCCCGGGAGUGUUGUACGGGUGGCCUGAACAAUUUAUUUAAAAGAGCCACAGCCGCACCAUAUAUUUAAAGCUCUGUUAUAACACUUUGAACAGCCAUUACUUUCCCUGAAGAAUCCCGGGAGCUGUAGUUUGUUAUAGGUGCUGAGAGUUGCUUUGGAGACUCCUAUUCCCCUCAAAGAGCUACAAUUACUAGAGUUCCCGGGGGGGGGGGAGAUUCAUUGCUAAACCACAUUAGACUGAGGACAUAGGAUUCAAUGUUCUCCCAAUUUUUAUUUUUAUUUUAAAUACAAAACCCUAUCACUCCAUUACUCACGGAAAUAUAGUACAUAAUUAUAGAAUCGUAGAGUUGGAAGGGACACUGAGAAUCAUCUGGUCCAACUUACUUCAAUGCAAGAAUCUUAACUAAAACAUCCAGGACAGAUGACCAUCCAACCUCUGCUUAAAAGCCUCCAAGGAAGGAGAGGACACCAUUUCUGGAGGGGGUCCAUUCCACUGUAAAACAGCUCUUACCAUGAGAAAGUUCUUCCUGAUGUUUAGUCGGAAUGUCCUUUCUUGUAACUUAAAGCCAUUUGUUUGGGUCCUAUCCUCCGGAGCAAGAGAAAACAAGCUUGCUCUGUUUCCCACGUGGCAGCCCUUUAGAUAUUUGAAGAUGGCUAUCGUAUCUCCUCUGUCUCUUCUUAUCCAGUUUCUCCAUAGCCCUUAUUGCUGGAGGGACGUGGGUGGCGCUGUGGGUUAAACCACAGAGCCUAGGGCUUGCCGAUCAGAAGGUCGGCGGUUCAAAUCCCCGCGACGGGGUGAACUUCCGUUGCUCGGUCCCUGCUUCUGCCAACCUAGCAGUUCAAAAGCACGUCAAAGUGCAAGUAGAUAAAUAGGUACCACUCCAGCGGGAAGGUAAACGGCGUUUCCAUGCACAGCUCUGGUUCGCCAGAAGUGGCUUAGUCAUGCUGGCCACAUGACCCAGAAGCUGUACGCCGGCUCCCUCGGCCAAUAAAGCGAGAUGAGCGCCGCAACCCCAGAGUCGUCCGUGACUGGACCUAAUGGUCAGGGGUCCCAUUACCUUUACCUUCAUCGUCCCUCCUCUCAGUCUCCUCUUAUCCAGUUUCUCCAUAGCCCUUAUUGCUGGUGAACUAGCUUACUACAUGCAGGGAACUUCUUUACACGGACGACAAUUUAAAAACGUUUGAAGUGUACCCGUCAAUCAUUUUGCACCUUAUUUUGUGUUUAAGAUAUGGGUUGGUUCUACGUGGCGCACUGUCUUCAAAUAGCACCUUGGGUAGGAUCUGGGAAUGCUACCGCUCUCUUUUCCUCUGUCCCACAGCUCUCGAUUCAUGAGACAGAAGACCCCAACGAUAACCGCUACCUGCUGGUGAUGAAGGGCGCACCUGAGCGCAUCCUGGACCGAUGCUCCACCAUCCUCUUCCAAGGCAAAGAACAGCCCCUUGACGAGGAGAUGAAAGAAGCUUUCCAGAAUGCUUACCUGGAGCUGGGAGGUCUUGGCGAGAGGGUGCUAGGUAUGCCUGGCUGCGGAGAAUGGACUCCCUGGGGGAAGAUGGGAAGAGGGCUGGAAAACAUGAGAUGCAGGUGGACAGGGUGGGCUGCCUGCCAAAUUUCAUUCGAGACUAAGAAGCUACUACAAUGCCAGUAGGGAGCCUGCUGAGCUCAGCAGUAACCCAGAGUUCCCAAGCCCUGGUUUUCUGGGCACCAGUAGCUUUUGAGUGCAUAAAGGAUUGUGCCCAUGGAUUUGGAAGUUUCAAGCUCCUUAAAAAAGAGACCAUAUGUCACGGUCCAGUCUAUGGGCGAUCGAAGCCCUGGCUGAGGACGUUGGGACCGGGGGCAAAAUGGCGGGGCGGGAGCACGAAUGAGAGUCCAGAAGCCAGGGGUCCGAGGGUCAGGAAGCAGGGGGUCACGAAGUCAAGGGCCCGAGGGUUGAGAAGCAAGGAGUCAAGAAGCCGAGGUCCGACGAUCAGGAAGCAAGAAGCCCAAGGCAGGAAACGUGUUGCUGUGGCAAAGAGCCAAAGGGAAAUGCUGACCUUAUAUCCCUUCCCGACUCUUGCCACCUGGUGCAGUGAGUUACCAAGCGGCCUCACCUGUGCGGCUGAGCCUUGCCUCUCCAGAACAAACUUAGGAAGGCCCCAGUCCUGCGAAGCCCUACUGGUCACAGGGCCUGGCUCCUGCACGCACUCCUGACUCCAUAAGAACAUAGGAAGUUGUCUUAUACCUAGUCAGACUAUUGGUCUAUCUAGCUCAGCAUUGCAGACUCUGAUUGGCAGCAGCUCUUUAGGAUUUCAGAAGGGGGGGGGGUUGCCAGCCCUUCCUGCAAAUGACAGGGAUUGAACCUGCGACUUUCUGCAUGCAAAACACCUUCCUUUCUCAAGUUAGCACCUGGCGACAGGGCAUCCAAAGGGCAUAUUCCGAGGGGUUUUGCCUCCUUCUCACCCUCCAGGUUUCUGCCACUUCUUCAUGCCCGAGGAACAGUACCCCAAAGGGUUUGCCUUCGACUGCGACGAUGUCAACUUUACCACCGACAACCUCUGCUUUGUUGGGCUCAUGUCCAUGAUUGAUCCUCCCCGCGCUGCUGUGCCCGAUGCCGUGGGCAAAUGCCGAAGUGCUGGCAUCAAGGUAAUGCCGUGUCGCUUGCCUUGAAACUGAGUUGUGGGUGCCAGGCGCUAAAAUUCAGCUACCCCUCGAGCAAACUGACUGGCUGCUGCAGGAAGGCGUUCUUGGCCCACUGUGGAGUGCUCUGGAGUGCCGCAGCUCUUUUGAGAUCCUUUGCUUGGGUGCAUUUGUCUCUGUGGAGGGGCAAUCGUGUCUUAUAAGCAGCUCACUCAUUCCUAAAUCUCAAAUUUGCCCAUAGGCUUUGGAAUCAAGGGGUUCCUUUGCUUCUGAGCAGUCAUGAACACGAACAUGAAAUUUAUUACGGUCAGAGACCAGCUUGAGAAACACAAAUGGAACUACAGUCCCAAUAGCAAAGCAAACAUUUAAAACAAUAUACGGCAAUGGAUUUUGAGUUUAAAAGUGCAAUAGGCAUAUAAACACAUAAAAACUUUAAAAUAGACUACCUUAGAAAAAUGACCCAAAGUCGCCCGUGGGUUUGGGAAUUUUCAUAGCAAACUAGAUUGAAUCGGGGGAUGGUCUGCGCCUACAGAUCUGUGCUCAGAAUCUGAUGACAAUCCGGGUCAUCUUGUGGUCUUUGCCUAACAGGAGAAGAUCAAAUUUUUGCUUUACCGGGAGGUCAGUAAGCCUCACCAGCAGGGGGUCAAUGGUUUCUCUACGUGCCUCAUCAUAAAAGGGACAUCUAAAAAAUAUGUGUUCAGGGCUUCCUAUAUCCCCCAAAGGACAGGCGCAAAUUCUCAGGUCAUACGGGACUUUUUUAAAGGAUCCUUCCAAGACUGGCAGUCGCUUGAUUAGCCCAAGGCCUGCCAGGCCUUCUGUGACAUCAGCGCAGCUAAGCCAAAUGGCAUCCAGCGAGGCUGUGGCACCUUGGGUUUGUAUCAGGGUUGAGAUACAUACUGAGAAAGGCACCAGGAAGGAACUGGUAUCAUGCUGGCAGCCACCCAGGCCUCCCCAGGGGCCCCUUGUUCUGCCCUGUAAACCCUUAGGAUGGAAUGGAUUGGACCAGGUGAGUCUUGCUGGUUAGCUAGCCAGCCUCCUCCUUUGCCUACACUGGGACUCCUUUGGUAACCAUCACUCUUCCCCCACCAGGUGAUCAUGGUAACAGGUGACCAUCCCAUCACAGCCAAGGCCAUUGCGAAAGGUGUGGGCAUCAUCUCUGAAGGUAACGAGACCGUGGAAGACAUUGCCGCCCGGCUGAACAUCCCCGUCAGCCAGGUCAACCCCAGGUGAGAGGGGUCAAGGUGUGUGGGUGUGUAGGGGAGGGGGCAGAGGCUGGAGACAAACAUAAUGAGGCUGGGGAGAUGGCGCAAGAAGCAGAUAACUCUUCCAAGGCAGAGAGGAGGAGGGAGACUUGGAAGAACAUUGGCUGGGGUGAGGGAGGAACAAAGAAAGCUGUGGUGGCCUGCCUUUGGCAGUUUGGGGAAGUUUUUAAUGUGUGAUAUUUUAGUGUAUUUUUGGUUUCUAUGGAAGCCGCCCAGAUGGGCGGGGUACAAAUAAUAAAUUAUUAUUAUUAUUAUUAUUAUUAUUAUUAUUAUUAUUAUUAUUAUUUUGCUGCCUAUCGUGAGACGGUUCGCUCCAUGAAUUUAAGCAGGUCUCGGCUUGGCAAAUACCAGAAUGAGAAGCCACAUGGUAUUAGGGCAUCCAACGCUGUCUAGCUACAAUACAAAUGUACCUUAUUCAGUUGUUAUGGCUCUCUCCCCCUGCCCCCCUCCCUGUGCGAGGAUUCUGGGACUUGCAGCCUGGUGGGGGCCCUCAGAGGACUACAGUUCCCAAGAGAGAAAGAAUGACUCUUCAGCCAGAUUAAGCCCGUAGUGGAGAUAUCUCACUGGAGCUGCUGGGAAUGAGAACAUAGCAAAACAAUGCUCAAUUGCUACCCCACAAGAGAUCAUAGACCAGCCUCCCCCAGCCCUUUUGGACUAAAACUCCCGCUGGCCCAAGCCAGCAUGGCAAAUGAUUGGGUAUGAUGGGAGUUAUAGUACAGGUCCUGGGCUGGCUAGUCGCUUCUUCCUUUUCCUGUCCUGCCUGGUUCAUUGAGCUUCUAUAGGAUAGUCACAUUUCUGUAACAGAAGGUUUCUGUCCAGGCGCUUUGGUUCCUCUCAUGGUGAGGCCAGCCCUGAGUAAGGAUGACCAGGUGCAUCUUCUACCACCUUGACGCUGUCUUUUUGCCCACCCAGAGAUGCCAAAGCCUGUGUGAUCCAUGGCACUGACUUGAAAGACAUGGGCACAGAGCAAAUCGACGAGAUUCUGCAGAACCACACAGAAAUUGUCUUUGCCCGUACGUCCCCGCAGCAGAAGCUCAUCAUUGUGGAAGGUUGCCAGAGACAGGUAAGGACAUCCAGCGGGAUCCCAAACUGGCCCCACAGAGCACAACCAACUAAUCCGGCUGCAAGGUGUUGUUUGUUAAGAUGCUAAGAGUUGUUAGGAGGUCCCUAUCCCCCUCACAGAGCUACGGUUCCCAGAGUGGUUUAACAAUCCCUCUUCACAGAGAACUCUGGGAAUUGUGACUCUGGGAGGGGACUAGAGGUCUCCUAACAACUCUCAGCGUUUUGGGCAAACUACAGCUUCCAGAAUUCUUAGCGGGGAACCAUGCGUUACCCAAUCUCUCUGCGCAUAGAAAACUCAGGGAGAAGAGUUCUAGCCUAGCGUUUUCUUCUUUGGCUGGCUUGUUAAUGUGGAGGGAGUUGCCUCACGGGGAAGCUUGCAGCCCUAUGAUUGCCCCACCUGCCUCUAUAAAACAGCACAAUCCCAGGCAUUUUAGUGCAGGGCUUGCCAAACUUUCUGAGCCACUGGGCACAUUUGGAAUUUUGAGGAAGGUGCCGUGGGCACCGGUCAAAAAAUGGCUGCCGUUGGGUGUGUGUGUGACAUAACACAAAAUGGCCGCCGCAGUCAGCAUGUAGGAGAGGCCGAGCUGGCGCAAACAGGAACUGAGCAGGAGGAGCGAAUGGUCUCUCAUGCCCUGUGGGUUUUGGAAGGGAAAUUUGCUGAAAUAUUUUGCAGGUGCCGUAAGACACACACACACACACACACACACACACACACACACACACACACAGAGGCUCCCAUUAGUAUCAUUUUGGGAACGCCUGGAAGUUUGUGUGAACUUAAGGUUGCCAAAGACACCCUUCACCCCAAAAUAUCACCCAGCCUGCUCUUCUGCAAAAAUCAGCAGGUAAAGCUUAUAUGACCAAUUUUAAAAAGCCAGAAACCUGUCUGAGAAAGGCUUAUGAUAUACAGUGGUACCUCGGGUUACAGACUCCGCUAACCCAUAAAUAGUACCUCAGGUUAAGAACUUUGCUUCAGGAUGAGAACAGAAAUCGUGUGGCGGCAGCUAAAGUGGUACCUCAGGUUAAGAACAGUUUCAGGUUAAGAACGGACCUCCAGAACGAGUUAAGUUCUUAACCUGAGGUACCAGUAUACCCCACUGCAGGCUCACAGGCAACACUUCCCACUGCCGUUCUUUCCACAGAAAUCAUCCCUGGAUGGAGAGGCUGGGUGAUUGCCCAUCUCUGUUCCCCACAGGUGAAGCCUUUUGGGCCUUCUUCUGGCUCUGAGUGUGCAUUUCUCUCUCUCUCUCCCCACACCAAUAGGGUGCGAUUGUGGCUGUAACAGGCGACGGCGUGAAUGACUCCCCCGCCCUGAAGAAGGCAGACAUUGGGGUGGCAAUGGGGAUUGCCGGUUCUGACGUCUCCAAGCAGGCUGCUGACAUGAUCCUCUUAGAUGACAACUUUGCCUCUAUUGUCACUGGAGUCGAAGAGGGUAAGCUCUGAGGAUUGCCGGACGCAGUGAAGAGGGGGACUGGAUUCAUAAUCAGCGAGCGCUAAGGGUGUGAGCAGAACCUGGUUAUAUAGGUACAGCUUCCAUCUUGCUUCUGCUGUGGGGGAGCCUCUAAAAUGGCAGGGCUGUAAGCAGCUGAGCUUUACUCAGAGCAGAGCUGCUGGAAUUCACGGAGGUAAGCUAGUCAUGCCCAUUCAUUUCAACAGGUCUUCUCUGAGUAGAACUAGCAUUGGCAGGAUCCUAUAAACAGGAUUUUCAUUACCUCAGCCAGGGGCAAUGGCCCCCCAGGGGGUGUUGGACUAUAUAGGAAGCUUGACCAUCUAGUUCAGUAUUGUCUACACGGAUUGGCAGCAACACUCUGGAAUUUCAGCCAGACAGUAAUUCCAACAACAACAGUUGUUGUUGUUGUUGUUGUUGUUGUUCAUUGUUAGAAUUUAUAUACUGCCCUGUACCUGCAGAUCUCAUCCAGAAGGGACUGCAUCUGUUAUCCCUGAUCUAAGCCAUCCCCAAUAAAUGCCUGUGCAACUUUCAUUUAAAAUCUCCAGGAGGCAACUAGGACAAAUUUAUUAUUUAAACUGAUUCAAUAAAUAUUCUGCGCGCAUUACGUCCCUCUCAGUACCUGAAGGCAACGCCUCUUAAACCGUUCUUAGUGGAUUGGCUGAGGAAUUGUUCCUUAUUCCGCCUCUUCAAUUCAAGAUCCUUCUAAAGCAGAGCUUUCCUAACUGCGUGUCGCAGCACAUCAGUGUGUCAGUUGCAAUGUGUAGGUGUGUUGCGCAAACGCUCCCCAUGCCCCUCCUGGGGCCGGAAGGGGGUUAGUUUAACCUUCCGGCUUGCUAGUAAAACUGAAUUACCGUGUCGCGAAACGAUGCAUGUCUAAAAAAUGUGUCAGCAACGUGAAAGGUUUGGAAAGCGCUGUUCCCAAAGGGAAGAGGGCAGCAGCAGCAAUUGAGUUGUGGGUGAGAGAGGGGAAGAGGGGUGCAGAGAUCUGGCUUGCUCUGACUUUUGGGAAUCCCCUUGCCCCCCAGCUGUGCCCCCUGUCUCUCCCCCUUACGCCCAUGUGUCUCCCUCUGGCCAGGACGCCUGAUCUUUGACAACCUGAAGAAAUCCAUUGCCUACACCUUGACCAGCAACAUCCCUGAGAUCACCCCUUUCCUGCUGUUCAUCAUGGCCAACAUCCCUCUGCCUCUGGGGACCAUCACCAUCCUCUGCAUUGACUUGGGCACUGACAUGGUGAGUCUCAUCCCCUCACACACAGAAACGCUUUUCUUCCAACUCAAUCCAACCUGAGGGUCAUCUAAGCCAGGGGUUGUCAACCUGGUCCUUACCACCCACUAGUGGGCAUUUCAGGAUUCUAGGUUCUUAGGGGGUUCUACGGCACAAGCUGAAUCCUCCUUCCAUCAAGCACUGGUGGGCGGUAAGUAAAUUUUACCAUCAAGAAAGAUGCAUUAGUGGGCGGUAGAUAUAAAAGGUUGACUACCGCUUGCAAUGCAGGAAUCUCAACACGCUGGUCUCCCAUCCAAUUUGAAACCAUACCAAACCCUGCUUAGCUUUGCAGAUGUGCUAAACAGUUUUACUGCUGCACCAUCAGGAGGGCAUUGAUCCAGUACCCAGAUAUUCCCAGAUUCCCAUUACUGCUGCUUCUUUGCAACCCACCUUCUGAUUGGACUCAGGCUCUGUGGAGGAGCCCUGGUUCACUUCGGUGUCAAAAGCCCAACUAAAGCCUGGCAUAAACCAAGUGUGAACUGCAUGGUAGAAGUUACUCAACUGUGCUACUGUGUGUGAGGAAAGGUAGUAUCUCUGAGUGCUCCUACCUGAAAGCAAUACCUGCACACGGAAAACUAGUCAGGGAGAAGUUGAGAUUCUAAACACUUGUCUAGAAAUAGUCUCCUUUAUAAGUAGAUUUCUGCAUGCAGGGAUUCCCCCCCACCCCAACUGAAACUAGCUUUGAACCUGGGAAAGAUUUUAUCUUUCAGUGAAUCCUGGGAGCUGUAGUUCUUACCAGAGUGCAGAGCAUUCUGUCAUUUCAUUGCAGAACUACAGUCCCCAGGUUCCUUUGAGGCGAAGAAACCAUGAUGCUCAAACUGAUUGAUGUAUCUAGGGAAGGCCUUCCUUAAAGCACUUUGUCUGCCUGUUACUUUUUGCAAUCUGAACAUGGAGGCAGAGGCUCAAAUCUCCAUGUUGCCAAUUUGACAAAAUGGCUGCCUCUGAACACCAGACUCAUUCUGAGCAAAAGUACAGAGAAAAGUCAUUCUGGAACUUCCCACGGUUCUGUCGCUGAAUGCUAUAUCCCCAAUGAGAUGCUUGAACGGUUCUCAUCAUCCCUAACCAUUGACCAUUUUAGCCAGGGCUGAUCUGUUAGCACAGGUUCCCCACCCCCUCACCUACACCCAAAAACUUCAGCCCCCAGCCCUGCGAUCCUGCAAUCCUGCUGACCCUCUCAAUUCUUCCUCCAGGUGCCAGCCAUCUCCUUGGCUUACGAAGCAGCUGAGAGUGACAUCAUGAAGCGACAGCCACGAAACCCCAGGACUGACAAGCUGGUGAAUGAGAGGCUGAUCAGCAUGGCUUACGGGCAGAUUGGUGAGUAAACGGGGGACAGCCAUUGAGCAGGGCUGAGCACCCCCAGGUGCAGAAGGGAGUUGAGUGGGGAUGAAUCGGGCAGGUGUUGAAAAUCAGGCCAACGUGCAGGUGCUUGGCUGCUGGUCCCAGUGGCGUAUGUGGGACCUGGGAAUGCAAGCAGUUUUGUCCAGUGGUAUGUUCUUAUUAAGUUUCACAUGCAACACACAGUACACAAGUAAUAUGUUUAUUUAUGUAUCAUCAGUUCAAGUAUCCUCUCCACAGAGAUUCUUGGGUUGUGGGUGGAGUCAUAUGUUGUUCUUGUAUUUACAUGAAAACCAAUAAAAAUUAUUUGCACAUUUAAAAAAAGGAAUGCAAAUAAGCUUUCUUCCCAAGGCAAGUCCUCUGUGGCAGAGACAGAAAUAUUUCUCAGAGUAGUGAGAAUAGGACUUACUCCCAAGUAACUGUGCACAGGGUUACAGCUUUAUAUAGAAAGCUGCCUUCUGUUGAAUCAAGCCACUCGUCCAUCUAGGCCAGCAUUGUCUACACGGUCUGGCAGCAGUUUUCCAAGAUUCCAGACAGGGUUCUUUCCCAGCCCUACUUGAAGAUAAGGUAGCUUCCUAGGUUCCUGUGAUAUUUGGAGGACCGUGCAACAUGUAAAUCUGGUUUAUCCAUCUUUAUUAUUACAUGUACGCCUCACCUUUCCUUCAAGGAGCUCAAGGUAGCAUAUAGGCCCAUUUUGCUCCCCACAACACAACCCUGUGAGGUAGGCACAGCUGAGAAGGAGUUACAAACCUAGUGAGCUUCAUGGCCGAGUUGGAAUCUGAACCCAGUGGCCUCCCAGGUCUUUACCACACUUACAUAAAUGCCUCUUGCAAUUCUGGUCAGCAGUUCACUACUCAAGGUGGAUAUUUAAUUCCGGGUCGGAUUCCAGAUGACAUGCUUGUGUUGCCAAAAUUGUUAGGUCUGCGAAUAGCUGCUCAUCUGGUCUCCUGUGGUGAGUGAGGAGCAAACUGUGGCCAAGCAGACAGGGAAGCUUUGUAGCUGCUGUGGGUCUUGUGGGAAGGCGUUUGUGUUGCGCAUGCGGGCUAAUGACCUGUGGCUUUAUCCACAGGGCAAACGUGCAGGCUUAGACACGAGACUAAGGAGGAUUAGAAGCGUUAAGGUGGCUGAAAUGGGAACCAUGUGAUUGAAGGGCAUGGGCCAGCAGAGGCUGGCAUUGCCCCCAUCCCCAGCUUAGCCUGCCCUCAGGAAGCCCCCACCUGCCUUAUUACUUAUUGCCACUCCAAGGGGUGGCGCUGCCUGACAGUUUGCUCCUCUUCAAUCUCAAUGUUGCCCCUUGCAGAACCCAGCAGGGAGGGGGGGAAAGCCCGCCCCAAUAAUUAGUUGGCUCCACCUGUCAUUGGUUCUUGACUCUGCCUAUCCAGGGUUCUGGCUCCACCCACUGUGGGUCUCCCUGCUUUCUGCCAACUCUUCACUUCUUUUUUGCAGGCAUGAUUCAGGCAUUGGGCGGUUUCUUCUCCUACUUUGUGAUCUUGGCCGAGAACGGGUUCCUUCCAUCUAUUCUUGUCGGGAUCCGCCUCAACUGGGAUGACCGGACAUGCAACGAUCUGGAAGAUUCGUACGGGCAACAGUGGGUAAGAAGAGGGUGCCCAUUUUGCUUGCACAGCCGUGAGCGAGGCCGAGCAUUUUGUGGAAUUGCAGCAAAUGAAUGUUUCUGGAAGUGGGCAGAUGCCAGAAAUUAAACUGAGUGCCAAUGUGUUAAGUGAAGUUGAACUGGGUCCAAUAUAUAAAAGGGAGUGGGGUGGAGAAUGAUCAACUUUGGUCUGGUGAAGGAAAAUACGUUUUGUGACUCAGAAUGUUAGUCAUAACUGGUCAGUGGCUGUGGUUGUGAGGAGGAGGAGGAGCUGCUGCUCAGGGCCUGAUUUUUGGCUCUGGCUGGCAAACAAGCAGGUGGCAGGAAUGACGAGGCAAUGUGGGGCCCACAACGAGGGUCUUCUUGUUCCAAGGCCCCCACAAAGCCUGUUGCCGCUGCAGCACCACUGGGAUGCCCUAGGCCAUUUCGUCUUUCUCAAACUCAGUUCCAUUUCUGUGAAAUGGGAAGAAAUGAGAGCCAGUGUGGUGUAGUGGUUAAGAGUGGUAGACUCGUAAUCUGGUGAACCGGGUUCGAGUUUCCGCUCCUCCACAUGCAGCUGCUGGGCAACCUUAGGCUAGUCACACUGCUCUGAAGUCUCUCAGCCCCACUCACCUCACAGAGUGUUUGUUGUGGGGGAGGAAGGGAAAGGAGAAUGUUAGCCGCUUUGAGACUCCUUCGGGUAGUGAUAAAGCGGGAUAUCAAAUCCAAACUACUCCUCCUACACGGCAGAAUUUCUUGAGCAGUUGAAGAUGAAAAUGAUGCCAAGCCCUUUAAACAAUUCUUUAAACCGGGCUCAGACAGGGCAACCUUCAAAUACUGUGCUCUGUCAAACAGGACUUAUGGUAGUGUUGUAGAGCAGGUCUGCUGAAUCCAUGGCCCUCUAGUCUCCAACUCCCAGCAGCCCCAGCCAGCAUGACCAAUGGUCAGGGAUGAUGGGGGUUGGAAUCUACCAGCACCUGCCAGGCCACAGGUUCCCUUCCCACCUGUCAAUCACCCGAUGGCACAGUGGUGUCAAGUGACUGUUCUCCUUUGCCUGUGUGGUUUGAAAUCAACCUACACAGGAAAAGGAGCGACGAUUUGCAGUUGCUGACGAUCAGCUCACAGGUGGUGCCUUUGUAAAUGCAGAUGCCCCGGUGGGCUUUGCAAUCAUUGCCGCAGUGCCUGCAACCCUCACUUUCAGCCAAGGUGCAUUUUUACCUGUUGCACACCUAAAUUUCCUAAAUUUCAACAAGGCUGAGCGGGGAUUGGUUUGGAGAGGCGGAGAGCGUGGCGGGUGAGAAUGGCGGCAUUGCAUGUUUCUGGUUUCCCCAUGUUGCCCUAUUGAUUGCACCCUCUCUGCCCCCUAGACCUACGAGCAGCGCAAAGUGGUGGAGUUCACCUGCCACACAGCCUUCUUUGUCAGCAUCGUGGUGGUGCAGUGGGCUGACUUGAUCAUCUGCAAAACCAGAAGGAAUUCAGUCUUCCAGCAGGGCAUGAGGUAAGGCUGCUUGAUUUUCCAUUUGCUCAAGGAAACCGUAACUCUGUUUUGGAACCAGAAAAAAGGGGGAUUGUGGAAGAGAGACAAGUACACAUUUCAAAAUUUAGUGCGUGACAGAGGGAAGAGUCUCAAACCCACAGCUGAAAAAUGAAGGCUUGCUUGUUAUGCAUUCGUGAUUCAAAGGCUAUGACCUAUGGGCAGGAACCCCUGACAUACAAGGAUCGAGGAAUCCUUAAAAAUUCCAACCCCCUUUGGUGGCUAUAGGCUGCCCCACACAUUACGUGGCAGUGAACUGGAACAUGCCACAAAGAGUGACUUUGUUAGGAAGGUGGCUCUGUGGUGAUGACUGUACCUGCAUGGCAAGUGUAUUUUCUAAUAUGACUUCAUCUCAUGCAUUCGUUAUAUUUUCAAAUAUAAUUUCUUUUUUAAAAUAUCAUGUUGAAGGACCUCUGUGCUGGUCAUUAUCAAGCUACUACAGUCAAACCUUGGAUGUUGAACGGCUUAGUUGCCAAAUGUUUCGGCUCCUGAACAUCAAAAACCCGGAAGUGUUUUUGGAAGCCAAAUUUCCAACGUGGCUUCUGUGGCUUCCGAUUGGCUGCAGGAAGCUUCCUGAAGCCAAUCAGAAGCUGCACCUUGGUUUUCAAACGGUUCUGGGAGUCAAACGGACUCCCGGAACAGAUUAAGUUUGACCACCAAGGUACGACUGUACAGUAUAUCUGUUCCAGGACACAGUGAGCACUGCCCUCUGUAGGGUUGCUUCGGCCCUUGUGGGCCUUACAACUUCAUCCACUGUAGAAGCAGGAGGGUACCACCGCAUGAGUCGGGAUCUUACGGCUCUCUGGAUGUUGCUGGAUUGCAACACCCAUAAUCCCUGGGCUGGUGGGGACCCAACAACAUCUGGGAGCUCACAGGGUGUGAAAGGACCCUAGAAGAAGAUGGAGUUGGUAGAGCGUGAGACUUUUGAUCUUAGGGUUGUGGGUUCAAAUCCCGUGUUGAACAACAGAUUCCUGCAUUGCAGGGGGGUGGACUAGAUGACCCGCGGGUCCCUUCCAAGUACAAUUCUAUGAUUGGCUAUUAGUGCAUGACUCCUACAUGUUUAAGGAUACAAAUUUUCCCUUCACACUGGAUGAGUUUGCCAUGUCUGGGUUUUGAAAUAUUGUAUUGUAUUUAUUCAUUUAUUUAAAUAAAUUCCUCCAGGAAGAGCCCAGGAGAGCAAACAUAUCCAUAAUCAUUGUGGGGGCUUUUGGCUAGAUGACCCUCAGGUUUCCUUACAAGCUGGUUUUUGUUUGUUUUUUAAAUAAAAUUUCUGAAAACACUUUAAAACUUUCUAAAAACAUGGAUCUCAGGGUUGCCAGGAACAGUGUUUUUUAGUCAUCUAGGUAAGCAGGAUUGUUUUUAAAUUUCUCCUGAAAGACAAUAAUGAGAGAAGCAAGAGGUGCCUCACGAGGGAAGGCACGCCACAAAAGCGGGGCUGCCACUGGAAAGGUCCUGACGUGGGCCAACGCCAGCUGGGCAGCCCCCAGAGGGUGGCACUCACCUGCCAAUCACAGCAGAGAAAUGGACUAGUUUCCAAAAACGGAGGUUCCAAUGGAACCUCAGGGAGUUCUCCUUAAGCAAAUGGGGGCAGCAGGUGACUUAUAACAAGAGUAUUCCACUCUUUCACUUUCUCUCUCUUUCCCCCUUCAGAAACAAGAUCCUUAUUUUUGGUCUCUUUGAAGAGACUGCCUUGGCCGCCUUCCUGUCCUACUGCCCCGGCAUGGAUGUGGCGCUGAGAAUGUACCCCCUGAAGUGAGUACAGAUGUGUGGCUCAGUGGCAGAGCAUCUUGCUUGGCAUGUAGAAUGUCCCAGGUUCAAUCCCUGCCUUAGGCCAUGUUCACACCAUACAUUUUUAGAACUGCAAUACUCUGUUAGACAGGCACGGCUUCCCCCCAAAGAAUUCUGGGAGCUGUAGUUCGUUAAGGGUGCUGAGAGAUUGCCAGGAGACCCCAGAGUUCCCCGUGAAGGAGGAUUGAUUGUUAAACCACUUGGAGAAUUGGAGAGCCAGUGUGGUGUAGUGGUUAAGAGUGGUGGACUCGUAAUCUGGGGAACCGGGUUCGCGUCUCCGUUCCUUCACAUGCAGCUGCUGGGUGACCUUGGGCUAGUCACACUACUCUGAAGUCUCUCAGCCUUACUCACCUCACAGAGUGUUUAUUGUGGGGGAGGAAGGGAAAGGAGAUUGUUAGCCGCUUUGAGACUCGGGCAGUGAUAAAGCGGGAUAUCAAUAAUAAUAAUAAUAAUAAAUUUUAUUUAUAUCCCGCCCUCCCCAGCUGAAGCUGGGCUCAGGGCGGCUAACAACAAUCAAAUAAUCAAACAAUCAAAUAAUCAAACAUUCUAAAAACAUUUCAUUAUAAAAAUUAAUUAAAAUCAAAUUAAUGGGAACCGUUGAGCAAAAUUCUGUGCAGGUUGCCAGAGGAGGGAGUAAUAAUAAUAAUAAAUUUUAUUUAUAUCAAAUAAAUUUUAUUUAUAUCAAAUCCAAACUCUUCUUCUUCUUCUCUCUGAGCACCCUUGGAGCAAACCUCAGCUCCCAUAAUCCUUUGGGGGAUGCCAUGACUAUUUAAAGCAGUAUCAUAGUGCUUUAAAUGUAUGGUGCGGACGGGGUUUUCAGACAAGAGGGAGGAGUCUUUCCACCUCUGGCACAAGGACUUUUCAUUUGGAGGAGGCCUGAUCGCACCCAGGAUGUCUGUUUCAGUCUUGGGAAUCUGUUUCAGUCUUGGGGCACACAGGCACACACACACACAGAUGCACACUCACACCCAUCCACCGUCUCCUCUGCUCUUGUGCUGAUCUUUCCUUCUCUCCUCAGGCCCAGCUGGUGGUUCUGCGCCUUCCCUUACAGCUUCCUCAUUUUUGUGUACGAUGAAAUCCGUAAACUUAUACUGCGCCGUAACCCAGGAGGUGAGUGGAGCCGGGAGAGUCGGGAGUUCUUUGAGGAGCGUGAGGAAUAUUUCGGGAGAUGAUGUUGAAGCGGGAAGUUCCCCUUCCCUGGGACUGGGCCCACUAUUAGCCUCACCCAGAAUAGACCCACUGAAAUGAAUGGGUAUUACUAACUUUGAUCCAUUCAUUUCCACAGGCCUGCUUUUGUGCAGAACUGUGUUGAGUUUGAAAUAAGGGUUGUAGGCACCCUAAUUUUAUUUUAAUAAUAUAUUUAUUUAUAGACUUCACAGCUUCAUAUAAACAAGACAGAGGUCCCCCCUCAAGGCACUUACAAUCUAAACUCAACUUUUUCCCUUGCUGUCCAUUUUCAUGCAGAUGUCAAGGCAAUAAACAACUAUUUUACUUUUAAAAGGCAACUGAAGGUGGCCCUGUUUAGGGAAGUUUUUAACGUCUGACACUGUAUUGUUUUUAAUAUUCAGUUGGAAGCUGCCCAGAGUGGCUGGGGAAACCCAGCCAAAUGGGCGGGGUAUAAAUUAUUAUUAUUAUUAUUAUUACUAUGCCCCCCAGUUCCCACAUCUCCCCUAUGUCAAUAUUUUAGAUUGUAAACCAGGCUUCCUCAACCUUGGCCCUCCAGUUGUUUCUGGCCCACAACUCCCAUGAUCCCUAGCUAGCAGGACCAGGGGUCAGGGAUGAUGGGAACUGUAGUCUCAAAACAUCUGGAGGGCCAAGGUUGAGGAAGCCUACAAACUGUUUGGGGCAGGGACUUGUCUUCUUCAGUGAACACCACACCUAUUGAUAGAAUAGCAACAACGAUGAAUAAUACAGGUUGUACCCAACGAUGGCAUUGCACCAUCAGGAACCUCUCAUGUGGCAGACUUAAAUUUUCCUCUGAUCCAUCUCCUACCUUAAUUUUUCACUGAUCCAUCUCCUGGCCAGUUCUGGAGAUUCCCCAGACUUUAUUAGAAAGAGCCUUUCAGAGGGUGCAGGGAGUUGCUGUGGCUUGGGGCAGGGAAUGUGCAAAAAUAGGGUGCCUUGCCUUGGAGCUUGAGAAGAGGAGCUUUGCGGGAGUCUAAACACUAAGCCACCAUUGAAUGCGACUAAUUAUCCUAGUAAUAAGGAUUAUCAUCAUCUUCUGGGUGAGGGGGAAAAGGGAGAGCGGGUGGGUGGGAGACCUGUGGGUGGAGCCAGGGUUGGGGAUGAUGACAGGAGAACCGUGCCUGCCACUGCUGCCUUGCUCAUGUUGGUUUUUUAUUUUGUUUUGCAGGAUGGGUGGAGAAAGAAACCUACUACUGAGUCUCCUCCCUUGUCCGUGGCUGGUUGUCUCCCCUUAAGGGGGAGUGCUCUCCCCUCCAAAAUUCUGCCUAUCCUCCCCGCCUAAUUAUGAGAGAGAGAGAAAGAGCCUGAUGCCAGGAUCAUAAGUUCGGACACAGAAACAACAAAACCACCUUCCCCGCCUUCAUUUCCCCGGACCCCGGUGGCUGAGAUAGGAACGCCAUCCUGUCUCAUUCUGCACCCAUGUCCCAAGAUGGAGGGGUGCGGUGGGGGAGGGAAAACCGCCACCCCCCACACACCUCGACCUCUGCUCUCUGCCAUAUUCUUCCUUUAGUUUUUCGGAGCAGCCUGGUGGGGGGGGGAGAGGGGGCAUGGGUGCAAGAGAGAGAGAGAAACGGGGUCAUUGGGGCAAUAUUUAUUUACCUCGGCAAAACCCAUCUUCACCCACCAACCGUUGCCCCUGCAUCAAAUUUCCCCUUCCGUAGCUGGGAAUGAACCCGGGGACCAGCAGUACCCCCAAAAAACAACAUGCCUCGGAUUACGUGAGCCAAACGGGACAGGGUUUCGGGAGGGAGGGUGCGGGGUUUACUGUUAUCUGGUUAGCAGUAGUAAAGCUUUUGACCCCCCCAGGUUUGGGGAGGGAAACUCCUUUUGCUCCCCUACCCUUGUCAUUUUCCAUUUUCUCCCUCUCCCCUGCUCCUGUGGGGGAUCUGUGUGUGCGUGUGUGUACAUUUGUGUGUGUGUGUGUGUGUACGCACGAGAGGGGAGCAGAGGUCAGCCAUGGGUGACCCUCAACUGCCCAUCUACGCUUCCUUGGCCUCCCUCCUCCUAUCAACUUUUUUUGGGUUGCGUGUGGCGAGUGUUGCAGCACAAAGGCGAACAACAACAACAAAACCCUUCAAGAACAAAACGCGCCAGGGUUUCUCGUCCUCUUUCCUCCUGGCUCCCGCACCCCUCCCCUCUCAACUCGGACUCCCGCUAGAUGUGUAAAUGAAACCCACGAGUCCGGAGUCCCUCUCCUCUGCAUGUACAGAUUUGCUCUCAUAGGACCAAGAUCGCAGCUUUCUCCCAUCUCCUCCUCCUCUGUGUGUGUGUGUGUGUGUAUGCGGGGGCCAGGAUGUUACCCUUCUGUCCCAAGGUAACCCAUCGGGAGGAAGCGGGGACCCUCCUGGCAGUCCUUCCCACUGGUGCUGAACACCACCCUCUCCUCUUGGGCAGCCGUUUUCCCAUUUCCUUGGCCCACGACCCAGUACAGAGACCUCAGCCAUAGCUCCCUCCCCAGGAAAAAUUGUGCCCUUCCUCAUCUACCCUGAGGUGGGAGGAGAGGGACCUCUCUGGCUUCUGACUGGGUGAGGCGACUUCACCUCUGUGUGUCCCCACCCUCAAUAAACUUUUAUUUUCUUUGUGUUUUGGGUGGGGAGGGGAGUGGGGACACGAAGCGCCCGUGUUGGGGGGGAGAUGUAGUCUGUCCUGUCCCAUCUCCCCUUCCCGUUUUGGGAUUGUGUUGUCGUGUGAACCAACAAAAACAAGGAGGAAAAAACAAACCGAUUUAACAAAUAAAAACCAGAAGUGGAAUAUUUAAUAUAUGAGAUACAGC